AUGGAGAAGCUUCAAGGGGAUUAUAAAACUCAGUUUGGGUUACUUAGGGAAUAUGCUGAACAGUUAAUGAAAUCGAAUCCAGGAACAACUGUUACCAUAGAUGUUGAACCAUCUAGUUGUAAGGCCAAAAGUUCAACAAGGCAGUUUAGGAGGAUUUAUAUUUGUUAUGGUGCAUUUAAGAAGGGUUUUAAGAUAAUUGGUAGAGACAUUCUAGGGUUGGACGGAUGCUUUAUGAAGGGGCCCUACCCUGGCCAAAUUUUAACAGCAGUGGGUGUUGAUGGAAACAACGGGAUUUAUCCUGUUGCUUUUGCUGUGGUUGAGUCUGAAACUACAAAGACCUGGACCUGGUUUUUAGAACAACUUACUGUAGAUCUGGAGCUGCCAAGAACUGCCAAGAACUGCCAACUUCACCUUCAUAAGCGACAGACAAAAGGUGCCAUUGUGUUAUGUAUAACUUGUUUAAAUGGAAUACUACCUGCUGUUAGCAAGGUCUUUCCUAUGGCAGAGCAUAGAUACUGUAUUCGGCAUAUACAUGAAAAUAUGAAGGCUAAUGCUAACUGGAGGGAUGAUAAGAUAAAGGGUCUAUUCUGGAAUGCUGCUUCUGCAACAACAGUUCCUUGGUUUGAUCAUGCAAUGCAAGAUAUCAAGAUGGUAGAUAAGAAGCUGCAUGACUGGUUGAGACAGAUCCCAGUGAAACAUUGGAGCCGGUGUCAGUUUAGUGGUAGGCCAAAGUGUGACAUUCUUCUAAACAACAUUUGUGAAGUCUUCAAUAGGCAGUUGAUACAUGCUAGGGAUAAACCAAUCAUUACCAGUCUAGAGUGCAUCAGGGAAUACCUAAUGAAGAGGAAUCUUGUUGUACACAAGCUGAUUGCAAAGAGCAAAGGUCCUCUAACCCCCUAUGCAACUGAAGCCCUAGACAAGAUCACACAAGAAGCUGCUGAGUACACUGUUAUCUUUAACUCUAUCUCCAAGUAUCAAGUUAAUGGGCCAAGAGACAACAAAGUAGUGAACUUGGUGGAGAAAAGUUGCACCUGCAGAAGAUGGGACUUGACUGGCAUCCCUUGCAAGCAUGCAGCUGCUUGUAUAUGGAACUUGGCCUUACAUGGCAAGGAUGAUGGUGUAUUGGAGAAGUGGGUUGAUAAAUCAUACUGGAUGCAGACUUGGAAGGAUGUGUAUUCCCAUGUAAUUGAUUCAGUAGAUGGUCAAGACUUAUGGACACCUUCCACAUGCCCUACUAAGCUGCUUCCACCAAAGCACCACAAGCAAAUAGGCAGGCCAAAAAAGAAAAGGAAGAAAUCUGCUGUGGAAAUAACUGAGUUGACUCAAUAG